AUGGAUGAGCUCAGUGACGCCUUGGCCUCGUGGAAAGGACUGGGCAUCCACCGUGUGUACUGCACCGGCAUCAGGCACUUUGACGCCUUUCUGUCCGCUACCCAUGGCCCCGGCAGGGACAUGACACAGGCAUCACGGCAUCUUGAAAAUGUCAUCCGUCUCACCGACGCAUCGAGCGGUGGCUUUUCGAAGAUGGCCGGUGCUGCCCUGGGCGCAGUGUCCACGACCUCGAAGCACACACUCCAAGGGCUUCUCUAG